AUGACCCAAAGCAUUAUUUAUUUUUCAAAAUUUGCUGUUAAUGAACAGGUGUUUUAUAAAUCAAAGUAUACUUAUGCAUUGGUCAAUUUGAAACCAAUUGUACCAGGACAUGUUCUUGUUGUACCAUUAAGAGUCGUUCCAAGACUAAAAGAUUUAACAGAAGAAGAAAGUAUAGACUAUAUGAUGACAUUACAGAGAGUACAUAAAUUCAUUGAACAUAUUUACAACGCGGACUCUUUAAACAUUGCAAUUCAAGAUGGUCCAGAAGCCGGACAAUCAGUUCCUCAUCUUCAUGCACAUUUGAUCCCAAGACAUCGUGUCAACAAUAUGGGUGAUAAGAUUUAUGAAGCAUUGAAUGAUCCAGCUAAUGAUAUUGAGGAGAAUUACAUUGAGUUUAAUAAAAGAAAAUAUCAUCAAAGAGAGUUUAAUGAUUUUGUUGUUAAACCUGACUCUGAUAGAUUUCCUAGAACUGAUGAAGAAAUGCAAAAAGAAGCUCAGUGGUUGAGUCAAGAAUUAAAAGCCUAUUUUAAGGAAAAAUGA